CCUCACACAGUGGAUGCGGUAGUCUGCCUCACUCAGCCUCGAUUCUUUGUUCACUGUUUAGCCCGCGACUGGUCGUUGUUGGCCGCCUCUGAGAAAUGUCUGACGGCGGAGGGGGAGAGGAUAAUUCAGGCACCAUGGAGGUGUCGGCGGUGCAGACGGUGGCCGAUACCUCGGUGCUGCAGAAACAUAUUCGCAAACUUGUGCCGCUGCUCCUGGAAGAUGGCGGCGAGGCUCCGGCCUCUCUGGAAACCGCCCUGGAGGAGAAGAGCUCCGUGGAGCAGAUGAAGAAAUUUCUGGCCGACCCUCAAGUUCACACCGUCUUGGUCGAGAGAAGCUGCCUCAAAGAGGAUGUCGGUGAUGAAGGAGAGGAGGAGAAAGAGUGCAUCACCUAUAACAUCAACAUUGAUAUUCACUAUGGCAUCAAGUCCAACAGCCUGGCUUUGAUCAAGAGGACUGGUGUCAUCGAUGCAGACAAGCCCAUAUCAACCCAGGUCCGUGUCCUGACCUUGAGCGAGGAUUCUCCCUAUGAGACACUCCACUCUUUCAUCAGCAAUGCUGUUGCUCCUUUCUUCAAGUCUUACAUCCGUGAGUCUGGCAAGGCGGACAGAGAUGGGGAUAAGAUGGCUCCCUCAGUUGAAAAGAAGAUUGCUGAGCUGGAGAUGGGUCUUCUCCAUCUGCAGCAGAACAUUGAGAUCCCUGAGAUCAGCCUGCUCAUCCACCCCAUCAUCACCAACAUCGCCAAGCAGUGCUAUGAGCGUGGAGAGAAGCCAAAGGUCACGGACUUUGGGGACAAAGUGGAAGACCCCACUUUCCUUAACCAACUGCAGUCUGGGGUGAAUCGCUGGAUCAGAGAGAUCCAAAAGGUCACUAAGCUGGAUCGUGACCCAGCAUCAGGCACAGCCCUGCAGGAGAUCAGUUUCUGGCUGAAUUUGGAGAGGGCCUUGAACAGGAUCCAGGAAAAGAGGGAGAGCCCAGAGGUUCUUCUCACCCUGGACAUCCUUAAACAUGGCAAACGUUUCCAUGCUACCGUCAGCUUUGACACCGACACAGGUCUGAAGCAGGCUGUGGAGACUGUCAAUGACUACAACCCUCUCAUGAAGGACUUUCCUCUCAAUGAUCUGCUGUCUGCUACGGAGCUCGAUAAAAUCCGUCAGGCUCUGAUGGCCAUAUUCACUCACCUCAAAAAGAUAAGGAACACCAAGUACCCCAUCCAGCGAGCCCUGCGCCUGGUGGAGGCCAUUUCCAGGGACCUGAGCUCCCAGCUCCUCAAGGUGCUGGGCACCAGGAAGCUCAUGCAUGUUGCCUAUGAGGAAUUUGAAAAGGUGAUGGUGGCUUGCUUUGAAGUGUUCCAGACCUGGGAGGAUGAGUAUGAGAAACUCCAGGUGCUUCUGAGGGACAUUGUGAAGAGGAAGCGAGAGGAGAACCUGAAGAUGGUGUGGCGUCUGAGCCCUGCCCACAGGAAGCUCCAGUCACGUCUGGACCACAUGAGACGUUUCAGAAGGCAGCAUGAGCAGCUGAGGGCUGUCAUUGUCCGUGUGCUCAGGCCUCAGGUUUCUGCUGUGCCACAACACGCUCCUGGAGAGACUGUAGAGCCUCAGGAUAUGAAGGUUGCUGAGGUUCUGUUUGACGCUGCUGAUGCCAAUGCUAUCGAAGAGGUCAACUUGGCAUAUGAGAACGUCAAAGAGGUUGAUGGUCUCGAUGUGUCCAAGGAAGGCAUGGAAGCCUGGGAAGCAGCCAUGAAGCGCUAUGAUGAGCGCAUUGACCGUGUGGAGACCCGCAUCACUGCCCGCCUGCGUGACCAGCUGGGAACUGCCAAGAACGCCAACGAAAUGUUCCGCAUCUUCUCCCGUUUCAAUGCUCUCUUUGUGCGCCCCCACAUUCGUGGUGCCAUUCGGGAGUACCAGACUCAGCUGAUCCAGCGAGUGAAAGAUGACAUCGAGUCUCUCCAUGACAAGUUCAAAGUGCAGUAUCCUCAGAGCCAGGCCUGUAAGAUGAGCCAUGUCAGGGACCUGCCACCCGUGUCUGGCUCCAUUAUCUGGGCCAAGCAGAUUGACCGUCAGCUGACUGCAUACAUGAAGAGGGUGGAAGAUGUCCUGGGAAAAGGCUGGGAGAACCAUGUCGAGGGGCUUAAACUGAAGCAAGAUGGAGAUAGCUUCAGGGCUAAACUCAACACACAAGAGAUAUUUGAUGACUGGUCUCGCAAGGUCCAGCAGCGUAACCUCGGUGUGUCCGGCCGCAUCUUUACCAUCGAGAACAGUCGUGCUCGUGGACGCACAGGAAAUAUGCUCAAGCUUAAAGUCAACUUCCUCCCAGAGAUCAUCACCUUGUCCAAAGAGGUCCGCAACCUGAAAUGGUUGAGCUUCCGUGUUCCUUUGGCCAUUGUCAACAAAGCCCAUCAAGCAAACCAGCUCUACCCCUUUGCCAUUUCUCUGAUUGAGAGUGUGCGCACCUAUGAGCGCACUUGUGAGAAAGUGGAGGAGAGGUCCUCCAUCUCUCUGCUGGUGGCUGGACUGAAGAAGGAGGUUCAAGCACUGGUUACCGAAGGCAUUGCCCUGGUUUGGGAGUCCUACAAGCUGGAUCCCUAUGUCCAGAGGCUGGCUGAGACAGUCUUCAACUUCCAGGAGAAGGUGGAUGACCUCCUGCUGAUUGAGGAGAAGAUUGAUCUUGAGGUUCGCUCUCUGGAGACCUGUGUAUUUGACCACAAGACCUUCACUGAGAUUCUUAACCGUGUCCAAAAGGCUGUGGAUGACCUCAACUUGCACUCCUACUCCAAUCUGCCCAUCUGGGUCAACAAACUUGACAUUGAGAUUGAGCGCAUUCUGGGAGUGCGCCUGCAGGCUGGACUUAGGGCCUGGACCCAGGUGCUGCGAGGCCAGAUGGAGGACAAAGCUGAUGUGGACAUGGACACCGAGGCCCCACAAGUGAGCCACAAGCCUGGAGGCGAGCCCAAGAUCAAAAAUGUUGUCCAUGAGCUGAGGAUCACCAACCAGGUGAUCUACCUGAACCCACCGAUUGAGGACUGUCGCUAUAAGCUCUACCAGGAGAUGUUUGCCUGGAAGAUGGUCAUCCUCUCCCUGCCCAGGAUCCAGAGCCAGAGAUACCAGGUGGGUGUUCACUAUGAGCUGUCGGAGGAGGAGAAGUUCUACCGGAAUGCCCUGACCAGGAUGCCGGAUGGCCCUGCAGCCUUAGAGGAGGCCUACAAGGCAGUUGAAGACAACGUCAGUGAGGUGGAGCAGUACGUCAAGGUGUGGCUGCAGUACCAGUGCCUGUGGGACAUGCAGGCUGAGAACAUCUACAACCGUCUGGGUGAAGACCUUACCAAGUGGCAAGCCCUGCUGGUCCAGAUCCGUAAAGCCCGCGGAACCUUUGACAAUGCUGAGACACGCAAGGAGUUUGGGCCUGUGAUCAUUGACUAUGGCAAGGUCCAGUCCAAGGUGAACUUGAAGUAUGACUCCUGGCACAAAGAGGUGCUCAGCAAGUUUGGCCAGAUGCUCGGCCAGAACAUGCAGGACUUCCACUCCCAGAUAUCCAAGUCCCGCCAAGACCUGGAGCAGCAUUCUGUGGACACAGCGAGUACCUCUGAUGCUGUCAACUUCAUAACAUAUGUCCAGACGCUCAAACGCAAGAUCAAACAGUUUGAGAAGAAUGUGGAUUUGUUCCGUAAUGGGCAGCGUCUGCUCGAAAAGCAAAGGUUCCAGUUCCCACCAUCUUGGCUGUACAUUGACAAUAUUGAGGGUGAAUGGGGUGCCUUCAGUGACAUAAUGAAGCGUAAAGACACCGCCAUCCAGCAGCAGGUGGCCAACCUGCAGAUGAAGAUUGUCCAGGAGGACAAAGCCGUGGAGAACCGCACCACUGAUCUGCUCAAUGACUGGGAGAAGACCAAACCAGUUGCUGGCAACUUACGUCCAGAGGAGGCUCUGCAGUCUCUGACCAUCUAUGAGGGCAAUUUUGGCCGUCUGAAGGUUGAAAGGGAGAAGUGUGCCCGUGCCAAAGAGGCCCUGGAGCUCACAGACACAGGUCUGCUCAGUGGCAGUGAAGAGAGGGUGCAGGUGGCACUGGAAGAGCUGCAUGACCUGAAGGAGGUGUGGUCUGAGCUUUCAAAGGUCUGGGAGCAGAUUGACCAGAUGAAGGAGCAGCCAUGGGUGUCUGUUCAGCCACGAAAGUUGCGUCAGAGUCUGGAUGGUCUUCUGAACCAGCUGAAGAACUUCCAAGCAAGGCUAAGACAAUAUGCUUCCUAUGAGUAUGUCCAGAGGCUGCUCAAGGGAUACAUGAAGGUCAACAUGCUGGUGAUUGAACUGAAAUCAGAGGCUCUGAAGGACCGCCACUGGAAACAGCUGAUGAAACGUCUGCAUGUGAACUGGGUCCUAUCUGAGCUGACCCUGGGACAGAUCUGGGAUGUAGAUCUACAGAAAAAUGAGAUGGUCGUGAAAGAUGUUCUCCUGGUGGCCCAGGGAGAGAUGGCUUUGGAAGAGUUCCUUAAACAGAUCCGUGAAGUGUGGAACUCCUAUGAGCUGGACCUGGUGAACUACCAGAACAAGUGUCGUCUCAUUAGAGGCUGGGAUGAUCUCUUCAACAAGGUCAAGGAACACAUCAACAGUGUGUCAGCUAUGAAGUUGUCCCCGUACUACAAGGUGUUUGAGGAAGAUGCCCUGAGCUGGGAGGACAAGCUGAAUCGCAUCAUGGCUCUCUUUGAUGUUUGGAUUGACGUCCAGCGCCGCUGGGUCUACCUGGAAGGCAUCUUCACAGGCAGUGCUGACAUCAAACACCUGCUGCCAGUCGAGACCCAGAGGUUCCAGAGUAUCAGCACAGAGUUCCUGGCGUUGAUGAAGAAGGUGACAAAGUCUCCUCUAGUGAUGGAUGUGCUGAACAUUCAGGGAGUACAGAGGUCCCUGGAGAGACUGGCUGACCUUCUUGGAAAAAUCCAGAAGGCCUUGGGAGAAUACCUGGAGAGAGAAAGGUCUUCGUUCCCCAGGUUCUACUUUGUUGGAGACGAGGACCUGCUUGAGAUAAUUGGUAACAGCAAGAACGUGGCCAAACUGCAGAAGCACUUCAAAAAGAUGUUUGCUGGUGUUUCCAGCAUCCUGCUCAAUGAGGACAACACUGUGGUCCUGGGAAUCUCAUCCCGCGAAGGUGAGGAGAUUCUAUACAAGACACCGGUCUCCAUCACAGAGCACCCCAAGAUCAACGAGUGGCUGACACUGGUGGAGAAAGAGAUGAGGGUGACACUGGCCAAGCUGCUAGCCGAGUCAGUCACUGAGGUCACAGGCUUUAACAAGGGCACAGCCGUUGACCUGAGCCAGUACAUCAACUGGAUCGACCGUUACCAGGCUCAGCUGGUAGUCCUCUCCACCCAGAUUGCUUGGUCUGAGAACAUCGAGUCAGCCUUGACCACCAUCUCCGGCAGUGGUGACAUGGCGCCCAUGCAGAGUGUGCUGUUGAAUGUUGAGGCCACCCUCAACGUGUUGGCUGACACUGUGCUGAUGGAACAGCCUCCUCUGCGCAGGAGAAAACUGGAGCAUCUGAUCACAGAAUUGGUCCACCAGCGUGAUGUAACCAGGACUUUGAUCAAGAACAAGAUAGACAACCCCAAGUCCUUCGAGUGGCUCAGCCAGAUGCGCUUCUAUUUUGACCCCAAGCAAACAGACGUCCUACAGCAGCUUUCCAUCCAGAUGGCCAACGCCAAGUUCAACUACGGCUUUGAGUACCUGGGUGUCCAGGACAAGCUUGUCCAGACCCCUCUGACAGAUCGCUGCUAUCUGACCAUGACACAGGCCCUGGAAGCUCGCCUGGGAGGAUCACCCUUUGGUCCUGCUGGCACAGGGAAGACUGAAUCAGUGAAAGCCCUUGGCCACCAGCUGGGACGCUUUGUCCUGGUCUUCAACUGUGAUGAGACCUUUGACUUCCAGGCCAUGGGUCGCAUCUUCGUGGGUCUGUGCCAGGUGGGAGCCUGGGGCUGCUUUGAUGAGUUCAACCGACUGGAAGAGAGGAUGCUGUCUGCUGUCUCCCAGCAAGUUCAGUACAUCCAGGUGGCUCUUAGAGAGCACAGCAACCCCAACAGAGACAAGAGCACACCCAUCACCACAGAACUGCUGAACAAGCAGGUGAAGGUGAGCCCAGACAUGGCUAUCUUCAUCACUAUGAACCCUGGCUAUGCUGGCCGCUCCAACCUGCCUGACAACCUGAAGAAAUUGUUCCGAAGCUUAGCCAUGACCAAGCCUGACCGCCAGCUCAUCGCCCAGGUUAUGCUCUACUCUCAAGGCUUCCGCACCGCCGAGAUCCUUGCAAAGAAAAUUGUACCCUUCUUCAAGCUGUGUGAUGAGCAGCUGUCAUCCCAAAGUCACUAUGAUUUCGGCCUGCGAGCUCUCAAAAGCGUGCUGAUUAGUGCCGGCAACGUGAAACGUGAGCGCAUCCAGAAAAUCAAGAGGGAGAAGCGAGAGCGAGGAGAGGAUGUUGAUGAGAAUGAAAUUGCCGAGAACCUUCCUGAGCAAGAGAUCCUGAUCCAGAGUGUGUGUGAGACAAUGGUUCCCAAGCUGGUGGCAGAGGAUAUCCCUCUCCUGUUCAGCCUGCUGUCGGAUGUCUUCCCUGGAGUCCUUUACCAGCGUGGGGAGAUGACCGCUCUGAGAGAGGAGCUGAAGAAGGUCUGCGCAGAGAUGUACCUCACUUAUGGAGAUGGCGAUGAUGUGGGCAGCAUGUGGGUGGAGAAGGUGCUCCAACUAUACCAGAUCACCCAGAUCAACCAUGGAUUGAUGAUGGUGGGUCCCUCAGGCAGUGGGAAGACCAUGGCCUGGAGGGUGUUACUUAAGGCCCUGGAGAGGCUGGAGGGCAUAGAGGGUGUGGCCCACAUCAUUGACCCCAAAGCCAUCAGCAAGGACCAUCUGUAUGGAACCUUGGACCCCAACACCCGCGAAUGGACUGAUGGCUUGUUCACGCACAUCCUCAGGAAGAUCAUCGAUAAUGUGCGUGGUGAACUACAAAAGCGCCAGUGGAUCAUCUUUGAUGGAGAUGUUGACCCAGAGUGGGUUGAAAAUCUUAACUCUGUCCUGGAUGACAACAAGCUGCUCACCCUGCCCAACGGAGAACGUCUGAGCUUGCCACCCAAUGUACGCAUCAUGUUUGAAGUGCAGGAUCUGAAGUAUGCAACCCUGGCCACUGUAUCUCGCUGCGGUAUGGUCUGGUUCAGUGAGGAUGUCCUCAGCACUGACAUGAUUUUCAGCAACUUCCUGGCUCGCAUCCGCAGCAUCCCAUUAGAUGAGGGAGAGGAUGAGGCUCAGCGCAUGAGGAAAGGCACAGAAGAUGAGGAGGAGACUGCAUCACCCAUGCUACAGAUCCAGCGUGAUGUCGCAGGUAUCCUGCAGCCUUACUUCACCUCCACAGGACUGGUGAUCAAAGCCUUGGAGCAUGCUUCCAAGAUGGAGCACAUCAUGGACUUCACCCGGCUGCGCUGCAUGGGCUCCCUGUUCUCCAUGCUGCACCAGGCCUGUCGCAAUGUGGCUCUCUACAACAACAACCACCCUGACUUCCCCAUGCCUAUUGACCAGCUGGAGAGAUACAUGCAGAGGUAUCUGAUCUAUGCUGUGCUUUGGUCCUUCUCCGGUGAUGGACGGCUGAAAAUGAGGGCUGAGCUUGGGGAGUACAUCCGUCGUAUCACCACCGUGCCCCUCCCCUCUGCUCCCAAUGUCCCCAUCAUUGACUAUGAGGUAUGCAUUUCGGGUGAGUGGCAGUCUUGGCAAGGCAAGGUGCCCCAGAUUGAGGUGGAGACCCACAAGGUGGCAUCUCCAGACGUCGUGGUUCCCACCUUGGACACUGUGCGUCACGAGGCCCUGCUCUACACCUGGUUGGCUGAGCACAAACCACUGGUGCUGUGUGGACCUCCUGGCUCUGGAAAGACCAUGACUCUGUUCAGUGCCCUCAGGGCCUUGCCUGAUAUGGAGGUUGUGGGUCUGAACUUCUCCAGCGCCACCACCCCAGAGUUGCUGCUGAAGACCUUUGACCACUACUGUGAGUACCGCCGCACCCCCAAUGGUGUCGUCCUCGCCCCCGUCCAGCUGGGCAAGUGGUUGGUGUUGUUCUGUGACGAGAUCAAUCUACCGGACAUGGACAAAUACGGCACACAGAGGGUCAUUUCCUUCCUCAGACAGAUGGUGGAACAUGGAGGCUUCUACCGCACAUCAGACCAGACCUGGGUCAAACUGGAGAGGAUCCAAUUUGUGGGAGCCUGUAAUCCUCCCACUGACCCUGGCAGAAAGCCCCUCACACACAGGUUCCUGCGCCAUGUUCCUGUGGUGUACGUGGAUUAUCCAGGCCCAGCCUCUCUCACCCAGAUCUAUGGAACCUUCAACCGUGCUAUGCUGCGUCUCAUCCCAUCUCUACGCACCUACGCUGACCCCCUGACAGCAGCCAUGGUUGAGUUCUAUACCAUGUCUCAGGAGCGGUUCACUCAGGAUAUCCAGCCCCACUACAUCUACUCCCCAAGAGAGAUGACACGCUGGGUGAGGGGAAUCUUUGAGGCCUUGCGGCCCCUUGAGACCCUGCCUGUGGAGGGCCUAAUUCGAAUUUGGGCCCAUGAGGCUCUCCGCCUCUUCCAGGAUAGGCUGGUGGGAGAUGAUGAGAGAAGAUGGACAGAUGAGAACAUCGAUACAGUGGCUCUCAAACACUUCCCUAACAUUGACAAGGAAAAAGCUCUCAACAGGCCCAUCCUCUACAGCAACUGGCUCUCUAAGGACUACAUCCCAGUGGAACAGGAGGAGCUCAGGGACUAUGUGAAGGCCCGUCUGAAGGUCUUCUAUGAGGAAGAGCUGGACGUCCCGCUGGUGCUCUUCAAUGAGGUGCUGGACCAUGUCCUCAGGAUCGACCGAAUCUUCCGUCAACCCCAGGGCCAUCUCCUGCUCAUUGGUGUGAGCGGAGCAGGAAAAACCACCUUGUCUCGCUUUGUAGCCUGGAUGAAUGGACUGAGUGUCUACCAGAUCAAGGUGCAUAGGAAGUACACAGGAGAGGACUUUGAUGAGGACCUGCGAACAGUGUUACGUCGCUCUGGCUGUAAGAACGAGAAGAUUGCCUUCAUCAUGGAUGAGUCCAACGUGCUGGAUUCUGGCUUCCUGGAGAGAAUGAACACACUGCUGGCCAAUGGAGAGGUUCCUGGCCUGUUUGAAGGAGAUGAGUAUGCCACCCUGAUGACCCAGUGCAAGGAGGGAGCCCAGAAAGAAGGCCUGAUGCUGGACACACACGAGGAGCUGUACAAGUGGUUCACCAGCCAGGUCAUCAGGAACCUCCACGUCGUCUUCACCAUGAACCCCUCAUCAGAGGGCCUGAAGGACAGGGCUGCCACAUCGCCUGCCCUCUUCAACAGGUGUGUGCUGAACUGGUUCGGAGACUGGUCCACAGAGGCUCUGUACCAGGUGGGUAAGGAGUUCACCAGCAAGAUGGAUCUGGAGAAGCCCAACUACAAGGUGCCUGACUACAUGCCCAUCGUCUAUGACAAAAUGCCCCAGCCACCCACUCACCGUGAGGCCAUUGUCAACGGCUGUGUGUUUGUGCACCAGACACUCCACCAGGCUAACAACCGUCUGGCAAAGAGAGGUGGUCACACUAUGGCUAUCACUCCUCGACACUACCUGGACUUCAUCAACCACUAUGCUAACCUGUUCAAUGAGAAACGCAGUGAGCUGGAGGAGCAGCAGAUGCACCUCAAUGUUGGUCUCCGUAAGAUCAAGGAGACUGUCGAUCAGGUGGAGGAGCUUCGUCGUGACCUGAGAAUCAAGAGCCAGGAGUUGGAGGUGAAGAAUGCUGCUGCCAAUGAUAAGCUGAAGAAGAUGGUCAAAGAUCAGCAGGAGGCUGAGAAGAAAAAGGUGAUGAGUCAGGAGAUCCAGGAAGCUGUUUACAAGCAGCAGGAGGUGAUCAAGGACAAACAGUUGAGCGUCAAACAAGACUUGGACCAGGUGGAGCCUGCUGUUAUUGAAGCUCAAAACGCUGUUAAGUCCAUUAAGAAGCAGCACCUUGUGGAGGUGCGUUCCAUGGCUAAUCCACCAGCGGCUGUGAAGCUGGCUCUCGAGUCCAUCUGCUUGCUCCUGGGAGAGAGCACCACAGACUGGAAGCAGAUCCGGUCCAUCAUCAUGAGGGAGAACUUCAUCCCUACUAUUGUCAACUUCUCUGCUGAUGAGAUCAGUGACUCUAUUCGUGAGAAGAUGAAGAAGAACUACCUUUCCAACCCCAGCUACAACUAUGAGCAAGUCAAUAGGGCCUCUCUGGCUUGUGGACCCAUGGUUAAAUGGGCCAUUGCUCAGCUGAACUAUGCUGACAUGCUUAAGCGUGUGGAGCCUCUGCGUAACGAGCUGCAGAAGCUGGAGGAUGAUGCCAAGGACAACAAGUCGAAGGCAGAAGAGGUGGAGCAGAUGAUCAGAGACCUGGAGGCCAGCAUUGCUCGCUACAAAGAGGAGUAUGCUGUCCUCAUCUCAGAGGCCCAGGCCAUCAAGGCCGAUCUUGCUGCAGUUGAGGCUAAGGUUAACCGCAGUACAGCCCUGCUGAAGAGUCUGUCAGCUGAGAGAGAGCGCUGGGAGAAGACCAGUGAGACCUUCAAGAACCAGAUGUCCACCAUUGCUGGUGACUGCCUGCUCUCUGCAGCGUUCAUUGCCUAUGCCGGCUACUUUGAACAGCAGAUGAGACAGAACCUCUUUACUACAUGGUCUCAUCACCUGCAGCAAGCCAACAUUCAGUUCCGUACGGAUAUUGCCAGGACUGAGUACCUGUCCAACGCAGACGAGAGACUCCGCUGGCAGGCCAACUCCCUCCCAGCUGACGACCUCUGUACUGAGAACGCCAUCAUGCUUAAGAGGUUCAACAGGUACCCCUUGAUCAUUGAUCCAUCAGGCCAGGCCACAGAGUUCAUCAUGAACGAGUACAAAGACCGCAAGAUCACCAGAACCAGCUUCCUGGAUGAUGCCUUCAGGAAGAACCUGGAGAGCGCCCUGCGUUUUGGAAACCCGCUGCUGGUCCAGGAUGUGGAAAGCUAUGACCCAAUUCUGAAUCCUGUGCUGAACAGAGAGGUCCGCAGGACCGGAGGACGUGUCCUCAUCACUUUGGGAGACCAGGACAUCGAUCUGUCACCUUCAUUUGUCAUCUUCCUCUCCACGCGAGACCCAACGGUUGAGUUCCCACCAGACCUGUGUUCUCGUGUAACAUUUGUCAACUUCACGGUGACACGCAGCAGUCUACAGAGCCAGUGUCUCAACGAGGUACUUAAGGCUGAGAGGCCUGAUGUGGAUGAGAAACGAUCUGACCUCCUCAAGCUCCAGGGUGAAUUCCAGCUACGUCUGCGCCAGCUGGAAAAAUCACUGCUCCAGGCCCUCAAUGAGGUCAAGGGUCGUAUCCUUGAUGAUGACACCAUCAUCACCACGCUGGAGAAUCUGAAGAAGGAGGCAGCUGAGGUAACCAGGAAGGUGGAGGAGACGGACAUUGUCAUGGCAGAGGUUGAGGCAGUGUCACAGCAGUACCUGUCCCUCUCCUCUGCUUGCAGCAGCAUCUACUUCACCAUGGAGGCUCUCAACCAGAUGCACUUCCUGUACCAGUACUCCCUUCAUUUCUUCCUGGACACCUACCACACGGUGUUGUAUGAGAAUCCUAACCUCAAGAGUGUUAGCGACCAUAGCCAGAGACUUUCUGUCAUCACUAAAGACCUUUUCCAGGUGGCAUUCAACAGAGUGGCUAGAGGCAUGCUGCACCAGGACCACAUUACCUUUGCCAUGCUGCUGGCCCGCAUCAACCUUAAGGGCAUGACCAAUGAACCAUCAUUUGAUGCAGAAUUCCAGCACUUCCUGCGUGGAAAGGAAAUCGUACUGACAGGCACAUCGUUGCCUAAAGUGAAGGGUCUGACCACUGACCAGAGUGAGGCCAUGGUCCGCCUCAGCCGCCUGCCUGCUUUCAAAGACCUGGUGGACAAAGUUGAAGCUGAUGAUCAAAUCUUCAUGUGGCUUGAGAGCAACACUCCAGAGUUGUCUGUUCCUUACCUGUGGUCAGAGGAGAAGCAGUCCAGUCCCAUUGGCCAGGCUGUGCAUCAGCUGCUGCUGAUCCAGGCUUUCCGUCCAGACCGUCUGCUGGCCAUGUCUCAAAUCGUUGUGUCCAAGGUGCUGGGAGAGACCUUCAUGAAUAUCAUCGAGCAGCCUCUUGACCUCGCUAACAUUGUGGACAAUGAGGUGAAGCCCAGCACUCCAGUGCUCAUGUGCUCUGUGCCAGGCUAUGAUGCCAGUGGCCUGGUUAGAGAUCUGGCUGCAGAGCAGAACAAACACAUCACCUCCAUCUCCAUUGGUUCUGCUGAGGGCUUCAAUAAAGCUGACCGAGACAUCAACACUGCUGUCAAGUCUGGCAGGUGGGUGAUGUUGGAGAACGUCCAUCUGGCUCCCGGCUGGCUGAUGCAGCUGGAGAAAAAGCUCCACUCUAUGCAGCCACAUGCCAGCUUCAGGCUCUUCCUCACAAUGGAGAUCAACCCCAAGGUGCCAGUGAACUUGCUUCGCGCUGGUCGUAUCUUUGUGUUUGAGCCUCCUCCUGGUGUCAAGGCCAACAUGCUCAGGACCUUCAGCAGCAUUCCUGUGGCUCGCAUGUGCAAGUCUCCCAAUGAGCGUGCACGUCUCUACUUCCUGCUGGCCUGGUUCCACGCUGUCAUCCAGGAGCGUCUGCGCUACGCACCUCUGGGCUGGUCCAAGAAAUAUGAAUUCGGAGAGUCUGACCUCCGUUCUGCCUGUGACACAGUUGACACCUGGCUGGAUGACACUGCUAAGGGUCGUCAAAACAUUGCACCAGACAAGAUCCCCUGGGCUGCCCUGAAGACCCUGAUGGCCCAGUCCAUCUAUGGCGGCCGCAUUGACAAUGAGUUUGACCAGCGGCUGCUCAACACCUUCCUGGAACGCAUCUUCACCAAGGGCAGCUUCGACAGCGAGUUCAAACUGGCUCUCAAGGUGGACGGACACAAGGACAUCAAGAUGCCUGAUGGCAUUCGACGUGAGGAAUUCAUGCACUGGGUGGAGCAGCUUCCUGACACCCAGACUCCCUCUUGGCUCGGGUUGCCAAGCAAUGCCGAGAAGGUCUUGCUCACCACUCAGGGCACUGACAUGAUGGGUAAGAUGCUGAAAAUGCAGAUGUUGGAGGAUGAGGAUGACCUUGCCUACGAGACAGAGAAGAAGCAGCGCACUUCAUCCACAUCUGACACCCAGCCGGCCUGGAUGAGGACCCUCCACACCACUGCUUGCAACUGGCUGCAGCUCAUCCCCCAAACUGUCAAUCCACUAAAACGCACAGUGGAGAACAUCAAGGACCCACUGUUCCGCUUCUUCGAGCGUGAGGUGAAGAUGGGUGGCAAGAUGCUGCAGGACAUCCGCCAGGAUCUCUCUGAUGUGGUGCUGGUGUGUGAGGGCAAGAAGAAGCAGACCAAUGACCUGCGCACACUCAUCAAUGACCUUGUUAAAGGUAUUCUCCCUCGCAGCUGGUGUCGCUACACAGUUCCAGCAUCCAUGACUGUGAUCCAGUGGGUGGCGGACUUCAGUGAGCGAAUCAAACAGCUGCAGCAGAUCUCCCAAGCAGCUGCGAGUGGCGGUGCAAAGGAGCUGAAGAACAUCCAUGUGUGCCUGGGCAGCUUGUUUGUGCCAGAGGCCUACAUCACUGCCACUCGGCAGUAUGUGGCCCAGGCGAACAGCUGGUCCUUGGAAGAGCUGUGUCUGGAGGUCACAGUCACCAACACCCAGGGUGCUGUGCUGGACGCCUGCAGCUUUGGCAUCAAAGGUCUAAAGCUGCAGGGGGCUACCUGUGCCAACAACAAGCUGUCUCUGUCUGCCUCUAUCUCCACCGAGCUGCCUCUCACUCAGCUCCACUGGUUCAAGCAGGGCAAUGCUGAGAAGAGACACACGGUGACUCUGCCUGUGUACCUGAACUUCACCAGGUCAGACCUCAUCUUUACCGUGGACUUUGACAUAGCUACCAAGGAAGAUCCACACAACUUCUAUGAGCGCGGAGUUGCUGUCCUGUGCACUGAGUAGAUAAACCUCACCAUUGCCGAAGACUGGACAAGCUGAUUAAACCAUACUUAAUCACGUAUAAUCAUCGCCUAUUAACCACCACUUAAAAGUAGUUUGUAGCUUAAUGCAUUCCAUUAUAAAAUGUAGUUGCGAACAAUUGUCAAACCUUGCAUGUAACCCAUUUUUAUUGAUGUGAAGAAAAGUGUCUUGAAGGGUCUGAGGAAUGUUGUCAGUUGGCUUGUGAACAGGAAACGAGAUGUUGGAAAGGGGAGCUGUGAAAGUAAAGCUGUGUGUUUUAAUGAAGGAACCUGUAUGUUUUUAGUCGGAAUAAAGUCUAGUUGGAAUAGAAGGAACUACA